AUGGCAGUGACGCUUCCUUCGGCGGCGCCGCGGCGCUGUCCGCCAAUGGGGGGAGCGGUUGUUGCCGCCCUCCUUCCCUGUCCCGCGUGUCCCGCCGCGCAAGAUGGCGGCAGCGGUGCGGGGCGCCGAGGAGCUGGAGCUGCUGGAGCGGCUGCUGGGGCUGCCGGGCGGGAACAAAUUCCUAUUCUCCAAACCAACAAUGGCCCUGGGCUGACAGGGUUGAUGACCAUCGCUGCCCACCUGGUCAGGCAGGCUAGGAAGGACCAGCUGCUGGGAAGCACUGCCGAGGAGAAGGCUGUGGUGCAGCAGUGGCUGGAAUACAGAGUGACCCGGGUAAAUGGAGGCUCCAGUAAGGAAGAUACUAGAACAAUUCUGAAGGAUCUUAACAUGCACCUUGAAGAUAAAGUCUACCUUGCAGGAAACAUUUUUACCUUAGCAGACAUUUUGAUGUACUAUGGAUUGCAUCAUAUCAUGGUGGACCUCACAGUGCAAGAAAAGGAGAAAUACCUUAAUGUGUCUCGUUGGUUCAACCACAUUCAGCAUUACCCAGGUGUCCGACAGCAUCUGUCCGAUGUCAUCUUUAUCAAGAACAGAUUAUACACUAAUGCUCAUUGAGGCAAAUCUUAAUGUCGUGUUGGAAUGAGGUGUGGGAGUUCAGAAGUUGUACUGUCCAAAGCCACUAACCUGCAAAUUCUGUUUUGUAACCUUCUGUAUGUGAACCGUAACUGUCAAUGCCUCAAAUAAUACAACUGCAUUGAAUUGCUGUUGUUCAUUCAAGAAUUUGAACUAAAGAAUUGUUAUUGUGUAUCUGAUUAAAUGCAGAAAUGGUAGAAAGAUGAAAAAAUGGAAUUUUAAUUCACUAUUUUUUAAAAAAUUUAAUGUUCUUUUAAUUAAACAUUCAAGUGAAAUUACAUGAUCUUUACCAUCAAUUAUUCACUCCAUUUGCUAUUUAUUGAAUGUUUAUGUAUGUCAGCCAGCUUUCCUUUCAUUUUCCAUGGAUGUUUACAGUAGUUUUGUACAAGUUAAGAGCUAUAUUGUGUGCCAAGGAUGUGAAAAAGGGAACAUGCAAAUGUUACAAAGUAUUUAUGUGACCGAAUAAAUUAUUUUAAAGCUGUAGUCUUAAUUUGGCUGUGAAACUUUCUAGUUUUUCUUCAGUAAAGAAGAUUUUAAAAGGUUAGUUCACUUCCUGCUUCAUUUUGUGGUGCACUGUUUUGACUGUGGAAGCAUUUUGCUUUCAAACUGAGUAGCAAAGUUAGUGUCCUUUAAGAUUUUGUAUGUGCCUCGCUUCAUUUUUUACACAAGUGCAGAUGCACUUUUCCCACCCUGAAACAAAACCAACCAAAACCCUCAACUUAAAAUACUUUGCUGCUAUAUCAAGUUCAUUACCAAUGUUUAAAAUGGGCUUUAAAACCAACUGCACUGUUGUUGAGUCACAUUUAGAUGGGGCAUUUUACUGUAGAAUGUGGUCCUCUGAUUUUUAUUUGUAACACGUAUAAAGGUGCUAACUUGAAUUGGUUACUUUCUGCACAAUUCAAAUAAUAUUUCUUUUAAGACACAAAAGAAAUACAAAAAUACUUUGAUAUUUUGAUAAAUGAACUUCUAUGUUGGUUUCUUCAGCACUGCUUAGCAGACAGGUUCACUCAUACAUUCUUUUGUUUUAUGUGCUACUUAGAAGCCUCUCACCCAAUAAAUAUUAAAAAAAAAGCUCUGUUGGGUAGAUGUUUGAGCACUUUGAAUGUUAAAAGGCCUUAAAAAAAAGUAGAUAAUGAGAUAAGGUAAUUAAAAUAUAUCCUGACACAUAAACGGACAGAAGAAACUUGGAAGGAUAAGCAUAGCCUGGACAAUUACAGGUUCUAAUAUGUGUUUUCUGUAGAUUUUUGUUCUUAAUUCUUUUACUGAAGGUUUAUAGGCACACCAAGUUACUUUAAGGGCAAAACUUUCAGAAAUUUGUUACCUAAUAGCAUGUAUUCAAGUGAGUUUGCUUUUUUCCUCAUGUGUGGGAGCAAGUGAUGGUAAUGCUUAUAAAAAUUCCUGCAUUUCUACUAAAUUCUGCUAUAAUUAAUCAUUUUCUGCUUCAGAAGGGGAGCAUGUGUGUGAAUCAUCAGUGCAUUUAGUCAGGGUUUAGGGAAGUUUCAUGUUCAUCUUACAGAUUUAUUGUUUUUAUCGAUGCUUUUGCAAGGGAGAAUGAUAGAAGUUCUUUAAAGUGAAUGUGCAAACCUUCAUCCAUGAAAAUAGCUUACAUUACAACUGAGAACGCUGAAAUUGAGCCAGAGCUAAAUGUUACUGGGAACAAUACUGUCAUCUUUUCAGUUAGGUUGUUGUAGAGAUGAUGAUACAAAAUGUCAUAUUAUUUUAAAUCCCAAACAGCUGCUGUUUGCAAGUAUUGGGAUUUCUCAGGUUGGCUACAUGCUACUGCUGCAGUAUCCCCUAGCCUCUUGUGCCAGUUUUAUUUUCUCUGGUGUAGAACCAAAGUGUUACUUGCUGCUGAAAUGUUAAAAAAAAAAAAAAGUUCACCUAGUAGAAAGAUAAAAUGUUUAGAAGUGGAUUAGUAAUAUUUAACUCUCUACUAUCUAAAAGGCAUUUGGUCAUUAUCGUGUAGUAACUUGAGCAUAAUUCAGUUUUCUUUUCCCUGCUUGGAGAAACUUUAGGGGAUAGAGGGUUAAAAGCAAAGAAGGAUGAAUUGAGACUUUGCCUUUAGAGAGAUGACUGGGAAAACCAGAUGGUAUCGAUUUUUCUCGCCUCUCCCCCUUUCUAUCUAAUGCCUUUUGAUCAAGGACAAAUAAAUCUGUAAGAAAACUUCUGAAAAUCCCACAAUUCUAUCUGAGUCGGUCUGAGACUGUAUGGGGUGCAUAUUUUACAACUAUGCUUCAUAAUUUGAAAAGAUGAGAUGUGUAGUGGGAGUUCUCGAAUUAACAUUUAUAGUCUGUGUAAAGGGUUUGCAUGGGUAAAUGUUCAGCUGCUUUUAAAGCUACUUCCUCCUUCUGUAAUAUUUUAUUAUACUUUCACUGAACAUUAGUAAAAGAAACUUGGCUCCCUUGCAGCCCCUUUCUCGGUUCUUAAAACUCCAGUUGCUGAAGGGCACUGUGAUGUUUUACUUUCGUUGUUUUGCAUUUUGAUGAUGAUGACCACAGUGAUGUGUGGAAUUUAUUUUCACAGCAUUUCAUGAACAGCACCACUUUCAUUUGUUAAUGUAUCUCAUCAUUGCAGUAUUAUUAUUUUGCAUAAUUGUUCUAAUUUAUUCAAGGGGCCUGACAUGUUAUGGUCUUAUAAGUAUGUGCCCCUGGGACUUGAGUGUGUUGCCAUAUGGUGAGAUAGUGCUGCAUGACAACCUUUCAGAAACAGAAGAAUUCAACAGUGAAAUAAAUAUGAUAAUUGCAAGUGUUCAGUGAAA